AGGAAGCUCCCUCAGAAUGGCGAUGGCAAUUCAUAGGAAAUUCUGAAGUGAGAUUGAUCCCUUGUGGAACAAGAUAUUAUAUUCCAACACGUCUCCGUCCCAUCCUUUUUUUCUUUCCACAAUGCUCAAAAACUUAGCCUUACCCUCUUCUUCUUCUUCUUCUUCUUCUCCUCCAACUCCUCCUCUGCUUCUUCUCAUUUCCUCUUCUCUCUCAAAACCCACUCUCAAUUUCUCCAAACCUUUCUCUCAAUCCAAUUUUUCAAUCAAACCCAUCUCUCCGUUCCCCAAAACCCUCAGACCCAUUUCUUCAAAAUCGCCUUCCAUGAAUCUCUGGAACAAGCUUGGAUUCGGCUCCAGAUCCUCCGAGGCCUCGCCGGAGUUGUCCGCGAUUGCCCAGGGUCCCGACGAUGACAUUCCGGCGCCUGGCCAGCAGUUUGCCCAAUUUGGGGCUGGCUGCUUUUGGGGCGUCGAAUUGGGGUUUCAGAGAGUGCCGGGUGUGACCAAAACAGAGGUCGGUUACUCUCAAGGCCAUAUUCAUAAUCCGACUUAUGAAGAUGUUUGUACAGGGCAGACCUAUCACUCUGAGGUUGUUCGGGUUCAGUAUGAUCCUAAAGAAUGCACUUACGAGUCUCUUCUUGAUGCGUUUUGGGCUCGACAUGAUCCCACUACUGUUAAUCGCCAGGGAAAUGAUGUAGGAACACAAUACAGAUCUGGCAUAUACUUCUACAAUCCUGAACAAGAGAAAGCUGCUCGAGAGUCAAUGGAACGCCACCAGAAGUUAUUAAACAGGAAGAUCGUGACUGAGAUUCUUCCUGCCAAGAAAUUCUACCGAGCGGAGGAAUAUCAUCAGCAAUAUCUUGAGAAAGGGGGCCGGUUUGGCUUCAAGCAAUCUGCUGCUAAAGGCUGCAAUGACCCAAUCCGAUGCUAUGGUUAGUUAAGUUGGUCUUUAGCAGGUAAUAUUGGUUUCCAGCUUCAAGAUUAUAGUAUUCUGUAUGCAGUUAUGACUAGAUUAGACAAGCUCUAUCAGACAUACUUUUAAUAAGAAUCCCGAAUGUAUCUAUCUCUCUGUAAUUGGUUUGGCUUUAACAAUAAGUGAAUGCGUAGUUGCAAGGAUGCUUUCCCUCGAUCUCUUGGUAAAAAAUUCUUGGAAGCUA